AUGAAAUCUUCAACAAAGGACAAGAUACUUUUGAGGAAUGUGCAAUUCGAAGGUUCUUUGUAUAAGAAGUUCCCAAAAAUUUACAAUGUUUACUUCAUUGCCAUCAUUUCCUGUAUUUCAGGUCUUAUGUUGGUUUUCGAUAUUUCUUCAAUGUCAUCAAUGUUAGGCACUGCCCCUUAUAAGAAGUACUUCGGCUCUCCUGAUGCCACCAUUCAAGGUGGUAUCACGGCUUCAAUGUCUGCUGGUUCUUUUGUCGGUUCUUUAAUCUCUCCAACUAUCUCAGAAGCCUUCGGAAGAAGAGUUUCUUUACAUCUCUGUGCUACUUUCUGGAUCAUUGGUGCCGUUAUUCAAUGUGCUUCUCAUAAUGUCGCUAUGUUAGUCUGUGGUCGUUUGAUUUCAGGUAUUGGUGUUGGUUUUGGUUCUUCUGCUGCUCCAGUUUACUGUUCCGAAAUUGCGCCACCAAAAAUUAGAGGUUUGAUCGGUAGUUUAUUCCAAUUCUCCGUCACUUUCGGUAUUAUGAUCUUAUUUUACAUCGGUUACGGUUGCAGUUUCUUAGACAGCUCUGCUUCUUUCAGAAUAACUUGGGGUCUCCAAAUGGUCCCGGGCUUUAUUUUACUGGUCUGCACGUUCUUUAUCCCAGAAUCUCCAAGAUGGUUAGGUAAUAAAGGUAAUUGGGAUGAAUGUAUUAAUGUUAUCACUAGAAUUAACAACACCACCAAGGAUACUAUGACUGAAGAAGUUGCUCUUCAAGUCGAAGAAAUGAAACAGGCUGUUAAUGAAGAUGUUGCUAAUUCCGACUUCGGUUACAUUGAUUUAUUCAAAAAGAAGACUAUCCGUAAAACUAUCGUUGGUAUGUCUGCUCAAAUGUGGCAACAGUUAUGUGGUAUGAAUGUUAUGAUGUAUUAUAUUGUCUACAUUUUCGAAAUGGCUGGUCACACUGGUAAUAACACUUUGGUUUCAUGUUCAAUCCAAUAUGUUUUAAACGUGGUCAUGACCAUUCCAGCAUUGUUUUUAGUCGAUAAAGUCGGUAGAAGACCAUUGUUAUUAAUUGGUGGUGUUUUGAUGUUCUCCUGGUUAUUUGCUGUUUCAGGUCUACUAGCCACCUACUCAAUCCCUGCUCCAGAUGGUUUUGAGGGCGAUGAUACUGUCCGUAUUAGAAUCCCGGAUGAGAACAAAAGUGCCGCUGACGGUGUCAUUGCUUGUUGUUACUUAUUCGUUUGUUCUUUCGCUCCAACAUGGGGUGUUGGUAUCUGGUUAUACUGUUCUGAAAUCUUUAAUAAUAAAGAAAGAGCUAAGGGUUCCGCUUUAUCUACUUCAGUUAAUUGGAUUUUCAACUUCGCCAUCGCUUUAUUUGUUCCAAGUGCUUUCAAAAACAUUACCUGGAAAACAUACAUCGUAUUCGGUGUUUUCUCCGUUGCCUUAACUAUCCAGACUUACUUCAUGUUCCCAGAAACAAAAGGUAAGAGUUUAGAAGAAAUUGAUAUGAUGUGGGCUGCCAACUUACCAGCUUGGAGAACAAAAUCUUGGGUUCCAGAUGUUAUUAUUCCACAAUUGGAUGUUGAACCAUUAGAAAAGGGUGGUUCUGAAGGAUCCACUGAAUUCGUCGAAGGUUCCCCAUACAAUGACGAAAAACCAAUAACAACACAUUUCGAAGGCUCUUCUGAUAAUGACUCAAUUUGA